GUUUGUUUUGACAUUGACGACCCACUGUUUUCUCUCUUUUACUUUUCUGUCAACUGCUUGAGUGUUGAUAACAAAAAUGGCCAAGCGUACGAAAAAGGUUGGAAUAACUGGCAAAUAUGGCACACGUUAUGGUGCUUCGUUACGUAAAAUGGUCAAAAAGAUGGAAGUUACCCAACACGCCAAAUACACCUGCUCCUUCUGUGGAAAGGAUGCCAUGAAAAGGUCCUGUGUGGGAAUCUGGUCCUGCAAGCGAUGCAAGAGGACUGUUGCAGGUGGCGCUUGGGUAUUCUCCACAACUGCUGCUUCAUCAUGCCGUUCUGCUGUGAGAAGAUUACGUGAAGUCAAGUAAACAUCUGACUUAGUGUAAGGCAAUAAACUAAAAAAAUCAACA